UUACCGUUUAGGUUCACAAAAAAAUCGUUAUAAUCAACUGUUUGACAUCUCACUUGUUGGCGAAAAAACUAAAAAAUUAAAUUUUAGAUGUGCGCGCUCCUUGAAGAGUAUUUGCUUUGGGUCCCCUUCGCUCUCUAUGGAUCACAGUAAAAAUUUCUUGCAUAACGUGGCCACAUUUGCUGGCCAACUGAAUUUAAGUCAACUGGAAAGAUCGGCAAUGGCCUACAAGAGACUAUGUUUGGAAUUGGAUACCAUUACCAAUACACCGGGACCAGUGGCUCCAGCUCCUCCACCGGCUCCUGUCGCCAGUCAAGGGUUGAGGGCAAGUGCUUCGGAGUUCGUUCCACAGGUGCCACUUAUUGGAGACCGAAGGGCGGUCGAUUUGGGGGAAGAACAGGGCGAUUAUUCUGACGAGAUCGACGAUGGAUACAAUGAGGAGCGCAAUAUGAGAGCUCCAAGACCCGCAAUUUAUGGCUUCCGGUUUUAUAAUCAUCAUUACGAGUCAGAGGAUGCGGGUGAUAGCCAUUCCGAGGCAGAGAAGAAGAGAAAGUUCGGCUACCGGGUUCCCAAGUUCCGUCCAAAUCAACCGACUGGUCGACCCAUGAAGACCGAUACUGUUUGCAUGCAGCCGGCACAGCCUCCAAAAGAAUUGACGAAUGGAGCGCCGCACUUCAAGGGACCCUAUAUGCCGCUGCUCCAACACCGGAUCGCCAAUGCCGAGGCAUAUGGGCUCAUCCGGGGGCCGAACGAGGGACCCAGUCUACUUCUGGAGGACAUGAUCAAACAGUUAUCGCGUCUUGACAACUGUGCCAUCAACUUCAACUCGCUCUUACGGGGGAGAAACCCACAGAACUCCUCGUCCUGAGAGCAAAAAUCGAUUCUUCACAAUUUGUGUUUCCAUAUCUAGACAAUUGUAAUCGAGUUACUUCAUAAAAGCAGGCGCUGACUUAAAA